AUGGGUCGAGAAAGAGAACGAUCUCGCUCAAGAUCUCGGGAGAGAAGGCGUCGAAGAUCCAGAUCUCGGUCCCGUUCGCGAUCACGUGAUAGAAGGCGCGAUCGUUCCCGGGAAAGAAGACGAUCCAGGUCAAGAGAGCGCCGACGAGAGAGAUCUCCUGAUAUCAAGAAGGAGGUUAAAACUGAGGAAGAAUUUGAUAGAAGACAGGAGCGUGCGCGAGAACGGCGAAAUCAUUUCCAGCGCGGAGACAGAGAUGUUAAAAAUGAGGCGAUGAAAAGAGAGCCGGACUCGCCGGGCGGAAGCUCUCAGAAUGUUUUCGCUGACGCACUGCGCGGCGAUACUAAUGACGAGCAACAAUGGGGCCUUCGGAGCAAUGACAAAGAAGGAGACAAGUCUUCAAAACCGAAACAAAAGCCUGAUCUUGGACUUUCCGGAGCCCUUACUGCGGAAACUAACACUUAUAAGGGAGUUGUGAUAAAAUAUUCUGAGCCGCCAGAGGCUAAAAUUCCAAAGAAAAGGUGGCGAUUGUAUCCUUUCAAAGGGGAGGAAGCACUGAAGGUGAUCUAUCUCCAUCGACAAUCUGCGUAUCUGAUUGGAAAACUUGCUGAUAUCUGUGAAAUCCCCGUUGAACACCCCUCUUGCUCGCGUCAACACGCCGCUCUCCAGUUCCGCGCUGUCAAGAUCACAAAACCCAGUGGACGAACAGUUCUUUCUGUCCGCCCUUAUAUCAUUGAUCUUGAAUCGGCGAAUGGAACUUAUCUCAACAACGAAAAGAUUCAACCAAGAAGAUAUUACGAGCUCAAAGAACAAGACAUGCUCAAGUUCGGCUUUUCAACGCGCGAGUACAUCGUCCUCCACGAAAAAACUGACACCACAGAAGUCCACAAGUCCGAAAGCGAGUCGUCAAAGAUGAAUUCGGAAGGGCUUGGAGGGGUUGAGGUCGGAAAUAAGCUCACGCGACAGAGGCUAGAGCAAAUUACAGAAGAAAAAAAUCUUGAUACAGUAGAGAAAGUAGCCUUCCCUCUUGACACAGAUUCCAAUUCAAUAUCAGACCUGUCCCAAUUCCUACCAAAUCUGGUCGAGUUGAAACUCGAACCGCCAUCAUUCCUCCCAAAUUUACGAAAACUCGGAAGUUGCAAAAGUCUAAAAAUAUUAUGGGCACACGCAGUGGGAAUGGAAACUUUAGACGGGACUUCUGGAUUGCCAAAUUUGACAGAACUGUUCGUUUCGUACAAUCAAAUUCAAGAGCUGGGGCCGUUGGCAUUUUGCUCGAACCUGGAAGUGUUGGAUAUGGAAGGAAACUAUGUUGAUUCAGCACUUGAGCUAAAAUUCCUGUCUCUGUGCCCAAAUCUACGACACGUGAAUCUUUCCGGCUCGCCUCUUUCAAAGCUGGCAGAUUACCGGAAGCUUUUGACGAAUCGCCUUCCGAAGAGCUGUACAAUUGAGGAUGAUUCACCCUCUGAUGAGCCUUUUCUCGACGAGUUAUCAGAUGUCAAUUUCAUCAAAGAGCUUUGUGCUGAAGGCGUUCUGGACGAGGAUGAGCUGCUUGCGAGCGAGCCACUCUCGCGACCGUUUACCGCGAUUGGAAUUCGCCCAAAAACAGGAAAACUGACGCCCCAGUCGCCGUCUGCCAGCCGGCCCAGAACUGCGAUCAAUAACUUCAAAGUCGAGUUUUCCGUUGACGAUACGAUCGGGCCACGGCCAGGGUCUGCUUCUUCACUCACCAGUGGCGGAAUUCGUCAAGGUCACAGGGGGCUCUUGCAGGGUCGAACCAGAGUGAGACCAAGUUCUGCAAAUUCUCAGAAUAAGACUCCCGUAACUCCGGAAGACAUCCAGAAAACUCUAGAUGAGCUCAAAAAUCGACAGCAAUCAGCGCUGAGCAGAGCAAGUUCAAGUGAAGUGAAUGUUUUGAAACUUGACGAUUACUCCGAAGCCGACUCUGGAAUCAUAUCCGCAACGACUUCUAUUUCUGAUCUUAGCCUGAGAGAGGAUGAAAAUCCAGUCAAAAAAGUGCUUGUCCGAUCAACGAGGAAAAAAGAUAUUCGACCAAAGCAGUUACAGAAAACGUCGGCAACAGAGAUUAUUGGGCGACCAGAGACAGAAGCAGGUGAUGCAAAGGAUCUUCCACCGCUCAAGGCAGAUGCAAUGCCGCAAAACUUUGGACUCAAAGACGCUAGAAAACUUGUGGAUCUUAAUACAAAGCCUUUGAGGGCUAAAGACUUGUCUAGUCUUCGAUUUCAAAGUCGCCAAGAAAAGCUUCUUCACGAGAGCAGAAUGCACAAGAGCGGCGUGCUAGGAGCUCCGAUCAUAAAAUCCAGUCAAAACUCGAAAAUGAAAAGCGAAAUGAAUCCCGUCUAA